AACAUUACACAUUGGUUGCUGUCAUUCUCCUCCCACUGGCCACAACCCUCUACUUUUCCAAGAAGAACAAGCUGUCCCAGUGGAGACCAGGUAUAUUUCACUCUCUCUGUUGCGGGUUGAGGUUCCAAAAAGAAAAUGGGGGAAGUCAACGUCGUGUUGAAACGAAGUUACGCUUGCGUGAUAAGCCUGAUAGGGGUAAUUGCUAUCCUGGCGCUGGGAUUCACUCUCUUUGGUCAUGGAACCUUGUUCAACCAUGAAAAGGCAGACCAUGCUAUCAAAGGGUUUUACAUCAUGUACGGCUUUUCUUCCGCCACUCUCCUCUUUGCCAUCGUCGGUGCGUUUGGUGUCUGUAAAGAGAAGAAAUGGCCUCUAAUAGUGUUUGCAGUUGGAAUGAUCCUGGGGUGUCUGUACUUUAUCGUAACAGAAAUAUUUCUUCUAGUUACAGUCCCACAGGUGAAAAAAGCCAUUGAGGACGAAUACCUCGGGAUGUUGCCUUUGUCUAAUUUCAAUGAGAGUGACCUAUUGGAGUUUCAUGAUCUACAGAGGGAAUAUCACUGCUGUGGUUUAACGAGUUUCCAGGAUUGGGAAAACAGCGUUCCAGAAUCAUGCGAGUGUGGUCAAGACUCCACUGAUUCAUGUGUAGACAAUUCUAGACCCAGCAAUGACAUUCAGGACAUUUUAGAUCCCGGGCCCCGCAGAAUUUACGCCAAGCCAUGCCUUCCGUUAAUGAUUCAACAGGAAUCAUGGUUCAUUCACCUGGCAUUAGGCAUAACGAUGGGAUUUAUAUCAUUGUGGAUGUUGUCAGUCGGGCUGUGUAUUGCCAUUCUGUGCCAAAUGAACAGGAAGGUCAAGGCUCCGAAUGUGGGGAGUCCGAAGGUGUCCUACCUUCCGGAGCCUAAAGCACGAACCUACAGCAUUCUCAACGAGGCUCUGGAAGAAGCCUGAUUUUGAUUUUCCUUUUUGUAAUUCCAAAAUGUUGGGACAAUGAUGGCAAAAUAUUUACCAAGCCGUUGAAACUGUUUAUUAUAAUCUAAAUGUGUAUUAAAUGUGUCAACUUUUAUACAUAUGUGGAAGGGAGACUUUCAGACUCCUGUAAACUCUCCCUGCGGUUGGGUCGGUUUAAAUUGUUUUUUGUUUGCUUGUUUGUUGAUGUCAUUUUUGAAGAUACAUGCGCCUCUCAAUAAAUUUGAAUAUUAUUGAAAAAGUAGGGAUUCAUCUUCAGAAUUAAUCGGAUUUCAUUACUGUCGAAUCCACCCAAUAGGUCAAAUUGGACUUAGACCCAAUUUGACCCAAGGCUACUCCUCUUCGUCAAAUUUAAUCAGUGAGCCUUAUGGGUAACCAGCUAAUUCUGAAAGCAGCCGACACCCACUUAUCCUCCUUCAGCUAUUCUAAAUGCUAGCUGAGAAUAAAUGUCUCAAUCGAGGUUACUAGAGAGGGAGGCAUUUAAAAUAAAAGUAUACAAACUUCACAGCUGCUCUGGAGAUUAGACCCUUGGAAAUAAGAAGAGAUAUAUGAAGUGUGAGCAGGAUGGAGGGAACCAGUUUAGAACGGAAUCAGAAUCACUAUAUUCUCGUUUUAGGAAGGACGUUUCUGGGCCAUCUCCCUUGUUAUUCUGACAUUUUUUUAUAUGUCUCCUGGGACCUACAGAGUGAUUCCAGGAAGGAGUUAAAACUAAUUCAGCGUAAAACCUCAGCACCUUCCUGUAUGGUAUUAACCAGUUGGGAAGGACACUUACCAACAACAACAACAAAAAAAACAACAACAACUCCAAACGACAAGAUUUUUGUGCAAAUAAAAAUGUGAUCAAAAAAGGACACAUUUAUUUUGGAUAAAAGUGGACAAAUACAAAACUCAGAAGCUUAUAUCAAAUGACCUUCAGAGUUUGAAAAGCUGACAAGGUGACAAAACUCAAAAACUACGGUCAAACUCCAAAAACUUCUCUGAAAAUAAGCUAAAGGCAAGCUCUAAAGCAUAUUUAUUUCAGAGUAAAUAAGCAUGAUUAACAAAUGAAGAGAGCCAUAUUUGUCCAAAGAGAGAAACCGACACUGAACCGAGGUGUAGGGAUAUGUGGUUUCAGCUUUCUAGCGUCUACGUGAUCCAGAAUUGAAUCUUCUUUCAAAGAAUUUACCUUAGCGGCCUCAACAGGAUUAAGGUGACCGAGUAAACAACACCCAGCAAACAGCAGACGUUGACGACACAGGGGAGGGACGGGCAGGUCGUUGAUUUGCAUCUGACCUGGAAUGCUCCCAGGAGGGCUGCAUCGCUGUUCGGUUGACAAAAAAGUGCCUCAGCUUUAACCUGAACUGAUGCUAAUCAGGGUUCAGUUUUCAACUUCAACUCAAGUUCCCAUGAAAGUGUUUGCAAACCCAGCACUGUGUGAGCUCCCAUGCUUUCUUUAGCAACGUUUUGUAGCUCACUAUCCUUUUGGGGUUGGUCAAUGGCUGUCUGCUGGAAAACUGACCACACUGAUAUAACACUUCUGUGAUAAAUAAUCCUGAAUUUAGUCUACUCUUAGUUUAUAUGUUGAUAUUUAACAUCUGUACGCUGUGAGUGAGUUAAAACCAAAGUCAAAUUCCUAGUUUGUCCACACAAACUUGGCCAAUUUCAAUUAAAGGUUUCCACUAAUUGAGAGCCGUAAUCACCAUUAAUAUAAACUCUUGAAAUCAGAACAUGUGUAUGUAAGUAUAUGAGCCACUUAAAUCAAUGAACAUCUUGUUUUGAGAUGCACAUGUUUUUAAAAUAUAUUUCUUCUUCUUCUACCCGAAUGCAGAAAGCAUUUAUGUACUAGACUGUGCACAACUUUGAAUGUGUGAAUUUUAAAACAUGUAUUGUGACUGAUGUGAUUGCGCUCCAUUAAUCUCCACUUUCUAGCCCCUUAGCGUGUGUUUUUGCACAUCUUAACAAAAAUAAAAUAAAAAUCCCACCUGUU